AUGUCGAAUACGAUUUCUAGGUUUACCAGCAAAGCGGCAGCUGCAUUAGUUCGUCCUUGCCACGCGCACCGAUUCGCCUCCCCACGUUUUCAGCGGACGGCGUACUCCACUUCCACCGGCAAAGAGACGACUUCAUCCUCGUCCUCGCAGAGCGGAAGACCAUCUGCGAUUGCUCAGCGUAUACCGGACACAACUACGCUGCAUGCUCCUCAUCGGUUCCGGGAGUUUGAGCUCGAUGGCAAAGUCUUCGUUGUGACUGGGGGUGCUCAGGGGCUCGGGUUGACACUCGCAGAAGCCUUGGUCGAGGCAGGAGGUAAUGUCUACUGUCUCGACCGCCUGCCAGCGCCGACAGAGGAGUAUUACCAAACCCAGGGUUGCGUCGCCGGCAAAUUCGAGGGCAGCCUUCAUUAUCGCCAGGUCGACGUGCAGGAUGCCAGCAAUCUCGACUCGGUCAUUGAGGACAUCGCAAGCAAGUAUGGCCGCAUGGACGGGCUGAUCGCGGCUGCCGGUGUUCAGAACGUAACGCCUGCGCUGGAAUACCCGCCUCAUAAGAUCACAGAGAUGAUGAACAUCAACUACGGAGGCGUCUAUCUCUCCGCCGUAAGCUGCGCAAGGGCGAUGGUAAAGCACCAAACACCGGGCUCCAUCCUCCUCGUAGGAUCCAUGAGCGGUUUGAUAGCCAACAAAGGCUUCACUGCCAGCGUCUACAACUCCUCGAAGGCUGCUGUGAUCCAACUUGGCCGCAGUCUGGCGAUGGAGUGGGGGAAGAUUAUUGAUGGCAAGCCAAUCCGCGUGAAUGUGUUGUGUCCGGGAAACAUCGUGACGCCGAUGGUCCGCAAGAACUUCGACGAUGAUCCGCAUCUGCGAGAGCUGUGGGAGCGUGAGAACAUGAUGGGACGCAUCUCAGAGCCUAGAGAGUAUCGAGGAGCAGCGCUGUUCAUGCUGAGUGAUGCUUCAUCAUUCAUGACCGGUAAGUUCUGGCGGACGCAGCCUUCCACCUGUACGGGCCACAGCUGA